AUGGCGUCGGAGGGUGAUGAUUUGGGAAGCAAAGUUGCGCGGCCAUUAUCCAGCGACUUGACGUACGCGUCUGCGCUGUCGGGCAAGUCGCCACUGAACACAUCUGGGACAGAGCCAGCCGAAGACGAAUGGGAGGCGGAUGACAAGUGCGACGAAUUCUGGGGACCGGACGAAUCCGAGUAUUGGCAGAGGGAGGCGGAGGAGCAGACGAGGGCAAAGGCCGAGAGAACGGAGAGGUCAAAGGUGCCCGCCCGCAAGGUGACGGAGCUGGUGGCCGAGGUGCUCCAUUGGGAGCAACCGAGCAACGACGGCGGCAGCAUCGUCGAAGAAGUCAAGCAGGCACACCGGAAGCCGCUACCGCUGACGUACACGGUCGUCAACCCAGCCACGGACAAGUCGCAGCCGGAGAACAGGCGUCGCCUGUUCGGCAAUCUCCACGGCCAGCUCGCGAGGGAGAUCGACAAGGCGCUGAAAUGCGGCAGCUGGACGAGACUAGGGCCGGACGUGCUGGGCGAGAUGCAGGCUCUUGCGGUGAGGCCGGCGGAGCUGUGGGAGGACAUGGACAUGACGAUGCAGGAGCCGCGGAUCAGAGAGCUGGUGAGGAUGCUGAUAGCAAGCCGCCGGGAGAUGGGCGUGUGGUAG